CGCGUCAGUUACUCCACUGAAGAAGGGAGACAUGGCGACGUCCCUGAUCUGCGGCCGUUUGACGGCUAGCCUGAGAAGCUCAGGGGCCAGAAACACCAUCAGCUCCGCUUCCAAGGUUCUCGGUGGUUCUUCGGGUCUGUUCGGAGCCCAUGUGUCCCAGCUGCUGCUGCUGCAGCAGCAGCAGAGGAACCUCUCCCUGCAUGAGUACUUGAGCAUUGGGUUGCUGAAGGAGGCCGGCAUCGCUGUGCCAGAUGGCUUGGUGGCCAGCUCCUCGGAGGAGGCCUACUCUGUGGCCAAGCAGAUCGCUUCAAAGGACCUGGUGGUGAAAGCUCAGGUGCUGGCUGGCGGCAGAGGAAAGGGGACAUUUGAGGGCGGACUGAAGGGAGGAGUGAGGAUCGUCUACUCGCCAGAGGAGGCCCGGGACAUUUCAUCCCAGAUGAUUGGUCGAAAGCUGUACACCAAGCAGACCGGGGAGGCGGGUCGUAUCUGCAACCAGGUGUUCAUCUGCGAACGCAGGUACCCGCGCAGAGAGUACUACUUUGCCAUCACCAUGGAGCGGUCCUACCAGGGCCCCGUGUUAAUUGGCAGCUCGCAGGGGGGUGUGAACAUCGAAGAUGUUGCCGCCGAAAGUCCAGAUGCCAUUGUGAAGGAGCCCAUCGACAUUGUCGAGGGCAUUAAGAAGGAGCAGGCUGUCAAGGUAGCUCAGAAGAUGGGCUUCCCGCCGGCGCUGGUGAACGAGGCGGCGGAGAACAUGAUGAAACUGUACAAUCUGUUCAUCAAGUACGACGCUUCCAUGCUGGAGAUCAACCCCAUGGUCGAGGACGCGUCUGGAAUCGUGAUGUGCAUGGACGCCAAGAUCAACUUCGACACCAACGCAGAGUACCGCCAGAAGAUGGUGUUCGGCAUGCAGGACUGGACCCAGGAGGAUCCCCGGGACAGGCAGGCUGCCAAGGCCGACCUCAACUACAUCGGCCUGGAUGGAACCAUCGGUUGUCUGGUUAACGGAGCAGGUCUGGCCAUGGCCACCAUGGACAUCAUCAAGCUCCACGGCGGCACACCGGCCAACUUCCUGGAUGUAGGAGGAGGAGCCACAGCUCAUCAGGUGACCGAGGCCUUCAAACUCAUCACCUCUGACAGGAAGGUUCAGGCCAUCCUGGUCAACAUCUUCGGAGGCAUCAUGAGGUGCGACGUCAUCGCUCAGGGCAUCAUCAUGGCUGUAAGCGAACUGGACCUCAAGAUCCCCAUCGUAGUGCGGUUACAAGGGACGAGAGUGGACGAUGCCAAAGCUCUGAUCGCUGCCAGUCCGCUGAAAAUCCUGGCCUGUGACGACCUGGACGAGGCUGCCAAAAUGGUUGUAAAGCUUUCUGAAAUUGUCUCACUGGCUAAGGAAGCUCAAGUGGACAUCACCUUCCAGCUGCCCAUCUAAGAAAGAAACCUCCAUGACUUCCUCACCCUAGCACUUCCUCCAUCGCACCCCCAGCCGCCCACCACUCCACCCCAACAGACGGACAGCAAGACGAGCCUCUCACACCUGAGAGGAGAUCAAAGACGCGUAGUUUUCUCCCUCUUGUGCUGUGGCAUGAUGGCGUGACUCUGUACAGGUGUCCAACAGGUAGACCGCAACAGGUUUCACUUAGACAGAAAGCAGCCUCCUUUUUAGUCACACUGGCAUCUCCGCUUACAGUCUCAACCCUUCACGUUUCCUCAAACCUACAAACUUGAGUUGCACUUGAGUUGAUACGCACAAACCUCCACUUUCAACUCCUUCACACACGAUGAGCUGUUCUGUUUACUUCAGUUCUUGUUGGGAAAUGUUCCUCCGCCCCUUUUUUUUUUUUAGAAAAAUUCAAGCAUUGCAGCUGAAGCCUGACUGGCAUUAUUUAGUGUUCUCAGUUCAGUUAAAAUGAAUAGACUGCUGAUUGUUGUUAUAUCAAGUGGGUGCAUAUGGUUGACUGAAAAGGCAUCAGGACAAGGAUUGCAAUCCCACUACUCUCUUUAACACACGUAGUUUUGUAUGAGUGCCUUUUCAGUGUUUUGUCUCAAAGUAGGAAUGUAACAGAAUAAAAGACAUUUGUUCCCUCUGUGCAGAACAUUGAAGUAUUUCAUCAAAUGCAUAAAUCAGUGCUGAAAAGCCAAACAAAAAUAUUGUGCUGUGUCUCAGUCAAAUACACUGAAUGACACGGCAGCAUUGAUUUAAUAACAGUGUUCAGAAACACAAAUUGCUUCCGAGAAUGAGCUGUUUCCCCCCCCCCGCAGACGCCUCUACAUUAUGUUGUUACCUCCUGUAGACUGAAGUGUUCAUCAGCCGGUCUUUACUGG